AUGGAUUCAUCUGUAUUUGUGCCUGUACUUACACUGAAAAAGUUGCAUGAAGUUUUGCAUGAGGAGUUGGAGGUGGACCCCUUGGUGUUUGAAUUGAAGUUAGAAGUUCUUUACAUGUACAUGAAAGGCACUAAGUUUCCACCUGAGGUUUUAGUGAAAGAUAGUCAACUACGAGUGUUCUUGAGCAUGAAGGCAAAAAUGAGUGUGGACAACUUGUUGCCACUAUUUGUGACUAAGGUGAAGAAGAAUGUGAAUUUGGAGCAGACUCCCCGAAAUGUAACCCCUAGAAGUGUUGUUGGGACCUUUGUCCCAGAAACUGAUCUGGGGGUUGGUUUGGACGAGCAAGUUGGCACUAAUGUAGAUGAUGAGAGAGUGGGUAUCGAGUUUCAUCAUUCAGAUGAGUUCGAUGCUCCCUUUUACAACAAUGAUCCUGUGGUUGAUUUGGGUGUGGAUGAUGAUGUGGCUGCUGAUGUACCUCCCCUGAGGAUGGAACUAACUCCAAGCAACCAAGUAGAGCGACAAAGAAGACCCCCCCGUAGUGAGAAUCGCCAAACACCAAGAACUAGUAGCAGUCGGCCAGGUCCUUCUAAUAGUGCUCCUGUAUCUGAAUUUGAAGUUUCUACUAAAUUCAAACCUCUUGUGUGGACAAGGGAAGACAUAGAGGAAAAUAAUGUGUAUACAACAUCUCUUAGUGGUACGCCUUCAGGGGAGAUAUAUCUUGGCAAGUUGUACAAAAACAAGGAAGAAUUGAAGAAUGUAGUUGGUAGGUAUGCACUGAAAAAUAAUUUUGAGUGGAUGGUAAGUAAGUCUGGCACUGAUGUGUUUUACGUUACUUGUAAGGAUGAAAAUUGUAAAUGGAGAUUAAGGGGGAAGAAGAAGGCACUUUGUGACAUGUUUGAGGUUACUGUGUUUCACAACGAACACACAUGUAACUUGGAUUCUAGACAUUCUGAUCACCGGCAAGCAGCACCGUGGGUCAUUGGUCACAUUAUUAAGAACAAGUACACAUCCGAUGGAUCUAACUACAAGGCAAAAGACAUUCAGAGGGAUAUGUUUGAUGAAUAUGGCAUCAAGAUGAGUUACGAGAAAGCUUGGAGAUGUAGAGAGAAGGCAGUUAUGUACAAGAGGGGUACUCCGUGCGAAUCUUAUACGAAAUUAUAUGGUUACUUCUACAUGCUGGAACAGAAUAAUCCAGGCACUAUUACUGACAUUGUCAGCGAGGAUAACCGGUUCAAGUACUGUUUCUGGUCACUCGAUGCUUGUAGGAAGGGAUUUAAGUAUUGUCGUCCUGUGAUUAGUAUCGACGGAACAUUCUUGAAGACGAAGUAUGGAGGAACACUGUUAGUUGCUGUUGCGUACGAUGCAAACAACCAAUUGUUUCCGGUAGCCUUUGCAAUUGUUGACAGUGAGAAUCAUGACUCUUGGAAGUAUUUCUUGCGAAAGUUGAAGGAAGCCAUUGGUCCGGUUGAAAAUCUUAUGUUCAUAUCGGAUAGGCAUCAAAGCAUUGAACAUGCUGUUGAUGUUGUUUUCCCAGAAGCAUGCCACUGUGCAUGCUUCAAGCAUAUUACUAUGAAUGUCAAUCACAAGUUUAAGACUGAUGUAUGCAACAAGCAAAUAUGGCUUGCAGCUUACGCAUGGAACAAGACGGAAUGUGAUAGGCAUUUUGAGGUGCUGAAACAGAUGGACCCUGCCAUUGCUACAUACGUCGAGCAAAUAGGGUUUGAAAAGUGGGCUCGUCCUUAUUGUCCAGGCGAUCGGUACAACAUAAUGACAAGCAACGCUGCCGAAAGCUUCAACAAGGUGACAGAAGAAUUCAGAAAAUAUCCAGUAACUAUUUUGGUUGACUUCAUCAGGUUCACACUUCAAAAUUGGUUUGCUUCUCGUCUCGAAAAGGCUAGUAAGUGCGCUACUCCUUUGGCUACUACUUUUGAAAAUGAUUUAAAGGAUCAACACAAAGAUGGUAUGUUCAGGAGUGUCCUUCGUAAUGGUGCCCAAUUGUUCAACGUUGGUACGAGUCCUCAAGGUGAGAGAGGUGGUGAUGUGAACUUAGUGGAGAGAACAUGCACUUGCGGACUUUUCCAAAUGCUGAAAAUCCCUUGUCCACAUGCAUGUGCCGCAGCAGUUAGUCAGAAUGUGAGCGUGUACACACUUUGCUCUCCAUAUUACACUAAAGAAACGUGGAAGAAAACCUACGAUGCCACAAUUAAUAUUGUUGGCGAGGAGGAUGAGUGGGUACUACCGGAACAUAUCAAGAACAUAAGAAUCGGGGUACCAGUGGAGAAAAAACCAGUAGGUCGGCCUAGGAAGAGCAAUGCAGGUAGAAGACCGACGAAGCGUCGACCUUCUAGUGGUCAGGUGGUAGUGGAACCUCGUCAUUGUUCGCUAUGUCACGGUUCAGGGCACAACAGAGCUACAUGCAAAGCUCGAGUUUGA